CAGCCUCUGCGCCGCCUGUGUUCGCGGAGCUAAUAAAGUUUUGUUGGCAGAAAAGCGGCGCCUCCUCUCGCUCCUGCCCCGCCCUCUCGAAGCCGCUCGCCACGCCCGGCCCCCCCCUCCCGGCUCGGGCCCUGGGGCGGUUGUUUCUCGCCCAGCUGCGCGCGCGCCAAGAGCUCGAGCCGGAGCCUCCCGGCGGCUCCCCUGCCCGCUGCUGCCGCCGCCUCCUCCUGCGGGCACGAUGCAGUUUAUGCUGCUUUUUAGUCGUCAGGGGAAGCUGAGACUUCAGAAGUGGUAUGUCCCGUUGUCUGACAAAGAGAAAAAGAAAAUCACGAGGGAACUUGUUCAGACAGUGCUGGCCCGUAAACCAAAAAUGUGCAGCUUCCUGGAGUGGAGAGACCUGAAGAUUGUCUACAAAAGAUAUGCAAGCCUUUACUUCUGCUGUGCUAUUGAAGAUCAGGACAAUGAACUGAUAACCCUGGAAAUAAUUCAUCGUUAUGUGGAACUACUUGACAAGUAUUUUGGCAGUGUGUGUGAACUUGAUAUCAUCUUCAAUUUUGAAAAGGCUUAUUUUAUCCUGGAUGAGUUCCUGUUGGGAGGGGAAGUUCAGGAGACCUCCAAGAAAAACGUUCUUAAAGCCAUUGAGCAGGCAGAUCUGUUACAGGAGAUUUAUCUUUGUUACACUUCAGUCAUCUUGAUAAUUAACACUAGUUUUGUCAUACCUGAUGCAUGUGUGCUUCUUUACUGUUUCACUGCUCAAAUCCAGAAGCUAGACUCUCUUCUUUGAGCCUCUUUCAGCCACGUCAUGAAUACUUUAAUGUCCCAGUGUACUAAAUGACUUCAUUCAUCAUGCAUGCAGCAUUUCAGAGAGGAGAUAGACCUGACUUAUUCAUGGCAGAACAUUAUCCUCAGCUUGGUGAAAUCAGUCAUCUUGAACACAGUAGACUAUACCACAACCAUUAUCUUUGCUGUUGUACUUUCCUUCUCUCCUUUUGUUUGUGUAUUCUCAUGUCUCAUCUUGAUAUAACUUGUUCUUGUCAGCAUAUGAUCUCUUAUUGUGUGAACAGUUCCAAGUCUUAUGUUUAACAUUUGUGUGAAAGUCAUUCAGCUUGAAUAAGUACAUACUGUAACAUUACUUAAUCUUUUAAAUAUUUUAGCUGUGGUGUUACUUAAAAAUACAUAUAAAAUUGUAGUAUACAUCAAAAGUGUAUAGAGAGAAACUAGUGAGCCCAUGGAAUAGUGUAAGGCUUAUCUUUUUAAAGUGUGUAUAGAAUAUAUACAUACAUAUGUAUUAGCUUUAUGUAUAGUUGUAAUACUGUAUACAUCUCUAAUGAAAAAUGCAAAAGUAAAAUGCAUUUUCCUCUACCUUUACUUUUAAUUUCUUUUGUAAGUAUUUGUUGGGACAGUGGUGAUUUACUGUUUAUAUAUAGAGGUAGCGGGGAGAAAUUUUUAUGCCUGAUCGUUGGCAUUUAAGAUAGAUAAUGUUUUUGUAAUAUCACAAAAUCUCAGAGUUCUAACAUUCUGAUCUGUGUUUAAAGGUUGAAUACACUUGAGCACUUGUCCUCCUUUUAUAGUAGUAAUGAUUAAAAUUGUUACCCAAGUACAUUCCUUUGCAACCUAAUACUUCACAAAGUUUCAACUUUUUGCUUUUAAUAUUCAGUCAUUAAUACCAUAUUAAAAUCUUAAUGUUCAUUAAUCAGUAUUUGUAAUUUGAAAUAAGAUGUAUUGAAUCACAAAAGGAAGGCUGCUACUUUAAAGAUUUCUAUUAAAAUAACUAUCCUGAGUAUAUGCAGAUCCAAGAUGAAGACACAUACUUCACCCUAUAUUGUCCACUAAAAGUGAAUGUUGUUACAUUAUAUAGAGCUGUUUUAUCUUUAAGGCAAAGAUUAUAAUAAUUUAAAUAGAAAGGAAGUGGUUAAAUAAAUCGACAACAAACACUUUAACAUUUCAGAAGUAUUUCAUAUAUGGUAAUGCACUACAUUUUAAAUGUCUAUCUGACUUUAAAAAAAUUGGGAACAUAAAAGGGGAAUUUUUGGAUUUAAUUUGCAGCAUUCUGGGAUGUUAUAGAAAACUAGAUCAUACGGGUGGUUUUCCACUCCCAAGUUUGUUACUCUUUUUUGUAAGACAUUAACAGUUUGUGUGAACAUGUGCAGUUGGUUAAUGCUACUUUAAUCUGCAUUCUCUCAUGACUAUUGGCUUAUAAUGCUAUGCACUGAGCUGUAACGAGAUGCUGUUUCUCUUGUUAUUUGUAUACAGCUGCUUGCUUUUAAAUGACUAGAUAAUGAAUUGGCUUUCCUGGCAUGUCUGAAAUAAAGUAUUGCAUGCAUUUCUGUCUCA